AAUAGUCGUACCAAACAUAAACGUAAUUAAUAAGGCAAAUUAAUGCAAACAAUAAUACAAAUUCAUUUUCAUGCACAAAUGAAACUAAAUUACAACAACAACAACAAUGAUGAUGAUGAUGAUGACGACGACGACUACAACAACAACAACAAUAAACAGGCCACACACAUGCAGCAGCAGCAGCAGAAGAAGAGAGGGGGACAACAUUCAGGCAUUCAUUCAAGCAUUGAGGCAUUGAAACAUUCGACGUUUUUCAUGUCGAGCAGAAAAACGAGGAAAUCUACUUAAUCACGUUUAAUUAAGAGCACAACAACGAAUAACAAAAGAAAUAAGCAAUAAGGGACUGAGAAGCGAAGGCAAAGUCGAGUCGCAGCAGCCGUCGCGUCGCGACGCUUCUUGAAAAGUAGACGAGCAAGAGAGAGAGAGAGAGGGAGAGAGAAAGAGAGAGAGGGUCGAGGCCAGCCAGGAGGUUGCCAUUAAUAGCCAUGGGCACCGGACACUACUUCUGGGCGAUCUUUUACUUUGCCAGUCUGUGUAGCGCCUCACUAGCAAAUAAUGCCAAAAUAAAUUUCCGAGAAAAGGAGAAAAAAGUCUUAGAUCAAAUUUUAGGUGCAGGCAAAUACGAUGCCAGAAUACGACCGUCGGGAAUUAAUGGCACAGAGAAUUUGCCCACGUAUGUGUAUGUCAACAUGUUCCUACGCUCCAUAUCGAAAAUCGACGAUUACAAAAUGGAGUACAGCGUGCAGCUGACCUUCCGCGAACAGUGGACGGAUGAGCGUCUCAAGUUCGAUGAUAUACAGGGACGUCUGAAAUAUCUCACACUGACGGAGGCAAAUCGUGUCUGGAUGCCGGAUUUGUUCUUCUCCAACGAGAAGGAGGGUCAUUUUCACAACAUCAUUAUGCCAAAUGUUUAUAUACGCAUCUUUCCCAACGGUUCGGUGCUCUACAGCAUACGUAUCUCAUUGACAUUGGCCUGCCCAAUGAAUCUCAAACUAUAUCCGCUGGAUAGACAAAUCUGUUCACUACGCAUGGCGAGCUAUGGCUGGACCACCAAUGAUUUGGUCUUCCUAUGGAAGGAAGGUGAUCCGGUGCAAGUGGUUAAGAACUUACACCUACCUCGCUUUACACUGGAGAAGUUUUUGACUGAUUACUGUAACAGUAAAACCAACACGGGUGAAUACAGUUGCCUCAAAGUCGAUCUACUAUUCAAGCGAGAAUUCUCAUAUUACUUAAUACAAAUUUAUAUACCAUGCUGUAUGUUGGUCAUUGUCUCAUGGGUGUCAUUCUGGCUCGAUCAAGGCGCCGUGCCAGCACGUGUCUCAUUGGGUGUCACAACACUACUCACAAUGGCCACACAAACAUCGGGCAUUAAUGCCUCACUGCCGCCGGUAUCGUAUACGAAGGCGAUUGACGUCUGGACCGGGGUCUGUCUGACGUUUGUCUUUGGGGCACUGCUAGAAUUCGCGCUCGUGAACUAUGCCUCCCGUUCAGGUUUGAAUAAACCUAACAUGCAUAAGGAUAAUAUUAAAAAGAAAAGACGCGAUUUGGAGCAGGCCAGCUUAGAUGCUGCUUCAGAUCUGCUCGACACAGAUAGCAAUGCAACAUUCGCAAUGAAACCGCUGGUGCGCCAUCCUGCCGAUCCUUUGGCGCUCGAAAAACUGCGACAGUGCGAGGUUCACAUGCAGCCCCCGAAACGUCCGAACUGCUGUAAGACUUGGCUAUCGAAGUUCCCCACAAGACAAUGUUCUAGAUCGAAGAGAAUCGAUGUUAUAUCACGCAUCACCUUCCCGCUGGUCUUCGCGCUCUUCAAUCUGGUCUACUGGAGCACAUAUCUCUUCAGGGAGGAGGAGGAUGAGUAAAUGCCGUUACCUUUGUUAACUUACUUUACUAGAGACGUAUAUGGAACAGCAACCAAAGAUUGUACUAACCUAUUUCUUUCAUUUUUUUCUUUCAACCUUGUUUCCCUUCACGCUUUGGUUAUGAACUUUCUUACAUAACGCUUUGUUGGCUUCAUUUCACCUAUGAUUUGAUUCAUUGUACGAUUCGAUUCGAUUUGAUUCGAAACAAACAAUCAAACAAACAAUCAACUGAUUUGAUUGCACCUACAAAACUAAAGGACCUUCUAAAGCGCGUCUCUCUAUCUGUCACUCACUGUCAAAGGCUAUGUAGAAUCCAAGAUGAAAUUAUCUGCAGUACAUAUGUAUGUAUAUCGUGCGAUAUCUGCAUAUACGAGUAUAUAUAGUAAACACAUGUAUAUGCAUACUCGUCUAUGUUUGUGUUGGUCAAGGCACACACACACAAACAUACAAGUACACACCUAUACUAGUACGAGUACGACUACGAGUACGAGUAUGUAUGAAGGCACUUCCAAUGAAAACAAAAUAUGAAAUAUACAUAAUUCUAUAAAUUAAAUUGAUAUGCAAAUAAUUGUAAGAUAAGUUGAUCAAGUGUGACUGCGUAGUAGUUAAACGAAAAUUGGAAUGAGAAAACAAUUUAGAAAAUAUAUUAUAAAUCAAAAUCAAACAAUUACGCCAAGUUGGAAAACUUUCUCAUUUGGCGCGAUUUGCUGGCGUUUUUAAACGCGUGUAAUUCUUUGGUGUGAUUUUUUUGUUUUUUGUUUUGAUGAAACCAGAAAUCAGAAAUUGUUAUGUAAUUUAAUUACUUAUUUUUUAGCUAAUUAACAAGACGUUCUGUUGAGUUUAGACCAAUAAAUUGCGAACACACAACAUUGAUUUGUACUUAAGAAAUCGCUAAGUUAGUUGUAAAAAGUCGUAGAAUCCUUUUAAAUGACAACAACAGCAACAGCAACAAUAUAAGGCGAAUCUUCAGCGGACGUCGCUGGCGCCCGAUUUUGUAAAUAUGUCAUAAGUUUUAAGCGUAUUGCAAAACCAUAAAGUCUAGUUUAAAUAAUUGUAAAAAGCGUCUAGAUUAAUUAUUUAAGCUUAGUUUUAUAAAAAUAGAGGAAAACUCUCUCACAAACACACAAACACACACACACAGCUACAACUAAUCGACAUUGAAAAACUAGGAAAAUUAAAUGAUGUUCAACAAAUAAAUAAACUUUUAAGCAAAACAUGCAAAACGGUUUUGUGAAAUAAAAGAAAAUCCAAAAUGAAAAACAAAUACAAAUUUGAAGCACACUGCAAAA